CCCCCCCGCCCCUUCUUUGCUCAUGCUCUGUCACUCAAAACUGAACAUUAAAAAAUUAAAAAGGAACAAACACUGGGCUUCCACUCGAGGUCCUGCAGUAGUCAGGUUUACAGAAGCAGGAAGUAGAAUGAGGACUUCCAGGAGCCGGGGGAAGGAGAGGAACGGGGAGUUAAUGUCUCACAGGUAGCUUCCAUUUGGGAAGAUGACUGUGUCCCGGAGGUGUGGAUGGUAGGGGUGGCUGCAGAAUUUACUUAAUGCCAGAGAACUAUACGCUCAAAAAUGGCUAAUAUGAUUAUAAGUCCUACAGGUCACCCCAAUUUCAAAAUUGGUUAUUUCCUAUGUCCUUAAUAUUCUCUGCAAACACGAUGUGUGUAAUCCUAAACACCUAUCAUUUUCUUUGGAUAGUGACCUUGUUUUGCUUCUUGCUAAUCAAAACAAUACAGUGACUAUCCUUGGAUAGCAGUUUUUUCUUACAGGAGGACAGAUCCCUAGAAGUGAGGUUUAUUAGGCUACAUGGUAUGAACUUUAAGGCUCUUGAUCCAUAUCGUUCCAUUACCCUCAGUUACUCUCGUUUCAGCCAAGCACUUCUCAGACACCACGUAGUAUCAUUAAAAACAAAUUGUCAUUUUUCUAAUGCACGCAUCUUCUUACUAGUGAUUUUAAAAUGGUCCCACUCUAAUCAUGCCCGAAACAUAGGGAGUGCUUGCUCUUAGUCGAAUGAAUUUGAGUAUUUGAGUGCUAGCCACCUGCCCCCUUGCUUUUUUAGGUGUAUAGGACAUCCUAUCAAAUAAGAUUGAUGUAUGUGCUUAAAGUCCAAUGGAAGGGUCCAUUAGAGAAUCAUAAUUGAUGAUUGUAUUUGCUAUCAAACGAGAAUUAAGCCUGACCCAACCUCCAAGAGACCAGGCUUCUGUGGGACACACUUAAGCCAGGACUUGGGGAUAAAUAGAAGGCCUGUAGGCAGAACAGAGGGCGGGGGGAGGGGUGGGAAGGUUUCCAGAGGAAAGAUCCCAUCUUGGGAACCACCUUUUGUUGUUCACCUGUUAAUUACCCUUCUCAGGUCUGCUUCCUCUGUCUCCUCCCAAGUAUAAAUAUUCCCUACCCCUCCACCCCUAUCUGCGGUAGGAAGGACCCUGCGCCCACAGGAGAGUUGAGGGGACUGCUCCAUGGGCCUUCCCCUGGUCUGGAAGUGGAGCUGGCAGCGUGGGAUGGUGUGGGCCGGAGUCCGCCCUUCUAGGACUCUGCUCAUAGGUCCCCGUUAUUUGUAAGGCUACUUGAUUAGAAUCCGUAACAUUUUUCAUUUCCUCUAUGGAGCUAAACUAGAAAAUCCUGGGAAAGGGUAGAUGGGGAGGCCCCAAGGGGACCUUGAGAUGUCUGAGGGCUCAGGAUGCUGAGGGGGUAAAGGAUUAGAAAUUGUCAGCUGUUCCCUAAAGCCAAGUUCACUUGCAUGCUAGUCUCAAAACUUAAUUUUCUUCCGCUUUACAACUAGGAAACCAAAUCUCCAUGAGGUCACUAAUUUGCCCAUGUAAACAGAGCAGUUUGUGGUCGACCUGUAAAGCUGGUUGAACUAAUAACCUUAACUUGCUAAUAAGCCUCAGUGCUGUGUAGGGGAAGACCAACCACGUUGGCAUUGGCCUUUUGAUUUGGAGUAUUAAGAGCUGGAUUGAGUGGAAUUUUUGAAAUCCUACAUGCUGAAGCAUUAGCCUGUGAUGACCAUUUCUGUGCCUUUCCCCGAAUCCAAAACUGAGCUGGAUUCCUGAAAUGUGUAAGCAACAUAGGUAUGGGUUUUGGUAGUUUGUUUUUUUAACCUGGAAUUUUUUUUUUCUUAAACCUCAAAUUUUGGCAGGUGACCCGUUCUUCUCUUAGCUCAGAAAAUCCUUCCAGCCAGGCUGUCCAGUUCUUCCAGAGGCAUCUGGAGAAUCCCAGGUCCCCUUGGGUAUUGUUGAUAACCUGGCCUCACACCUCUUUUCUUCUGUUCAGGGAGCCUUUUUGGGGGUUGCCGCUGUCCCCUGAGGCUGCCAGGGCUCUGUUGCAAUCCCCAGAGAACAUUGGUUUUCUUCGGUCCCUGACCAAACUUGCCCCUUUCCAUUUCUGCCUGGCUCUAAACGGAAGACUUCAGUCCAAUUUUCAGAACUGGCUGUUUUGACUGUGCCAAAAAAACAAAACAAAACAAAACAAAAAAAACCACUUUGGCUGUGAACCAUGCUCUGCAUAUUCGCAUAAGCACCUGAUGUUGCUUUACUAAAUUAUCGAGAGGAGAUGAUGAGGGAAGACUGGCACCGGGAGCAUCUGCUAGGGCUAUAUAUUCUCCUUGUAUUGGUUUGCCUGACUUCCAGGAUUGUUUUCAUUCUGCAGCUGCUCUGCAAGCAAGUUUGUUUGCUGUUUUGUGGUUCACAAGAGGUGCCAUGAAUUUGUCACUUUUUCUUGUCCUGGUGCGGAUAAGGGACCGGACACUGACGACCCCAGGAGCAAGCACAAGUUUAAAAUCCACACUUAUGGAAGCCCCACCUUCUGUGAUCACUGUGGGUCAUUGCUGUAUGGACUUAUCCAUCAAGGGAUGAAAUGUGACACCUGUGAUAUGAACGUGCACAAGCAGUGUGUGAUCAAUGUCCCCAGCCUCUGUGGGAUGGACCACACAGAGAAGAGGGGCCGGAUCUACCUGAAGGCUGAGGUCACCGAUGAAAAGCUCCAUGUCACAGUACGAGAUGCAAAAAAUCUAAUUCCUAUGGAUCCAAAUGGGCUUUCAGAUCCUUACGUGAAGCUGAAACUCAUUCCUGAUCCCAAGAACGAGAGCAAGCAGAAAACCAAAACCAUCCGCUCCACACUGAACCCCCAGUGGAAUGAGUCCUUCACGUUCAAAUUGAAACCUUCUGACAAAGACCGACGGCUGUCCGUAGAAAUCUGGGACUGGGAUCGAACCACAAGGAAUGAUUUCAUGGGAUCCCUUUCCUUUGGAGUCUCGGAGCUGAUGAAGAUACCGGCCAGUGGAUGGUACAAGUUGCUUAACCAAGAAGAAGGUGAGUACUACAACGUACCCAUUCCAGAAGGAGAUGAAGAAGGAAACGUGGAGCUCAGGCAGAAAUUCGAGAAAGCAAAGCUCGGCCCUGCUGGUAACAAAGUCAUCACUCCUUCAGAAGACAGGAGACAACCUUCCAACAACCUUGACAGAGUGAAACUCACAGACUUCAAUUUCCUCAUGGUGCUGGGGAAGGGGAGUUUUGGAAAGGUGAUGCUCGCUGACAGGAAGGGGACAGAAGAACUGUAUGCCAUCAAAAUCCUGAAGAAGGACGUGGUGAUUCAGGAUGACGACGUGGAGUGUACCAUGGUGGAGAAGCGAGUCCUGGCCUUGCUCGACAAGCCCCCGUUCCUGACACAGCUACACUCCUGCUUCCAGACGGUGGAUCGACUGUACUUUGUCAUGGAAUACGUCAACGGUGGGGACCUCAUGUACCACAUCCAGCAAGUAGGAAAAUUUAAGGAACCACAAGCAGUAUUUUAUGCGGCAGAGAUCUCCAUUGGAUUGUUCUUUCUUCAUAAAAGAGGAAUCAUUUACAGGGAUCUGAAGUUAGACAAUGUCAUGCUGGACUCAGAAGGGCAUAUCAAGAUUGCUGACUUCGGGAUGUGCAAAGAGCACAUGAUGGAUGGAGUCACAACCAGGACCUUCUGCGGGACUCCAGAUUACAUUGCUCCAGAGAUAAUCGCUUAUCAGCCGUAUGGGAAAUCCGUGGACUGGUGGGCCUAUGGCGUCCUAUUAUAUGAAAUGCUAGCUGGGCAGCCUCCAUUUGAUGGCGAAGAUGAAGACGAGCUGUUUCAGUCGAUAAUGGAGCAUAACGUUUCUUACCCAAAAUCCUUGUCCAAGGAGGCCGUUUCCAUCUGCAAAGGACUGAUGACCAAACACCCCGGCAAGCGGCUGGGUUGCGGGCCCGAGGGGGAGAGGGACGUGCGGGAGCACGCCUUCUUCCGGAGGAUCGACUGGGAGAAACUCGAGAACAGGGAGAUCCAGCCGCCCUUCAAGCCCAAAGUGACUUUCUGUACCAAAAUGCACUGGCUUCAGUGGUCAUCCAGGCCUUCGUGUGGCAAAGGUGCAGAAAACUUUGACAAGUUCUUCACGCGAGGGCAGCCUGUCUUAACACCACCUGAUCAGCUGGUCAUUGCUAACAUAGACCAGUCUGAUUUCGAGGGGUUCUCGUAUGUCAACCCCCAGUUUGUGCACCCCAUCUUACAGAGCGCAGUAUGAAGCUCACCACCGAGAACUAACGCCUCCCCAGCCCCCAGCCCUCCAGCAGUGGGAAAUGAUCCUUAACCCUAAAAUUUUAAGGCCAUGGCCUUUUCUCCCGUUCCAGAUGGAGGCCUGAAAAUUUUAGGGUUAUUAGUCCAAAUGUGAGUAACUGUUCAGGGUUUCUGUCUUACAACCAAGAACGUUAUCUUAGUAGAAGGCAGUAUCAUGUACAGUGUUCAGUUUAAGUGUGUAGAAGUCACAUCUGGCUGUAGGUUAACCCUUCCUAAAAAACAAACUCGCCCCCUUUUUUGGUACGGUUUGAUAUAUUUUCCAUGCCCUCUGUCAGUUUCCACCAUUGGGAUUCCCCCAACCAGAGAUGUUCAGAUGAACCCGUCCCGGUCCAGUGGGCAAGAAAAUAUCUCCACCUGAGAUGUCUUUGGACUCCAAGAAUGGGGACCCCAGAAUGUGAGCCAGGCGGGAUUGGGGGUAGGGGAGACUUGCAAAUGCCCGCUGCUUCUGUUCUCUGCCCCAACGGAAACAGUCCCGAGAUGAAUCAAGUCCCUACCGGUGAGUCGUUUGCAAGCUGUUACCAGACGUUGACUGUCUUAACCCAAUCAUGGUUCAGUGAUGACCGGUUUUAAAAAACAGACACCUCAGAGGAAUGUGGGUGAGUCUGUCAGCUGCCCUAUUUGGAUGAUAAAUUAUCUCGAUACUUGCAUUUCUUUCUAAGAGGCCAAAUCUAAGAACUUUGCUAAAUCAGCAUGUGACAUCAUUUCAGAUCAAGGAUAACCCAGUGUGUGUGUACGUUCAUUUUAAUCUCUGGGAGAUUAUUCCGUGAUCCAGGGUGCCAUCCGCAAUCAUGCCACUACUCGUGAGUGUUGUUAGCCAACCCCCACCCCAACCGAUAUUUUGCUGCCUACUUCCUAAGAAGCUGAAGCAUACGCCCCAUCCCCUUUUGUACUUAUUUAUUUAAUAGGCUGCGGUGUCGUUGAUGAGAGUAUUGCUGUAAAGUAACUGAACAGAGUGUUGACUGUAGCAUAAGUCUCCAUCGAUCGGUAUCUCUCCCAUCUCCAGCCCCUGACAUCCACUAAGGGACGGAAACCAAUACAGUUUUGGUCCCCAUUUCCAGAUCAUGUUGAAUGGCACACCUGGAGGUGUAGAAUCAGGAAAAUCUGGAUGCGCAUCAGCUCAAAAGAUAUUUUAUUGCUCGAAGGAUUUUAAUAUGUUUUGCAAAUGCAUCAUGCAAUGAAUUUUGCAUGUUUAUAAUAAACCUUAAUUACAAGUGAAUCUAUAUUAUUGAUAUAAUCAUAUCAAGUAUAAAGAGAGUAUUAUAAUAAUUUUAUAAGACACAACUGUGCUAUAUUUGUGAAGGCUCUUGUUUCUAAUCUGCUUCUAUGAUUAAGUUUUAGCCUAAUUCCUUGCUGCCUCCUGUCCCCCCACCCCCACCCCGUGCAUACCCCGCACACUGGCACUGUAUCAGAUA